CCUAAUCCCUUUUAGCCUUCCCUUCCCCCUUUCAUCUCCCUAUAAUCAUUUCCCAUUCCUUUCUUUCUUUCUAACUCACCAACUUUCAACAAAAAUGAAGAUCUUCAAUUGGGUGCACAAGACUUUUCAUCAUACUCUUCUCAAGGAGGGUUUUGCGCAAAAUGGGACGAAGAAGAAUGAAAGUUCAGGCAUUAAUGAAGUGGAUAGGCAUGCAUUGUUGAAGCAAGUAGAGUUUGAUCAUGUGGAAACGCUUCAUGACUGGAGAGAUGGCAUUCUCACCAUUGGCACAUUCGGGUUCGAAUCAUUGAAGCCUUCGAACGAACAGAAGGAAUAUCUCGUGCUCGAGAGUGAAGAAGACGACUACGAGGACAAGGAAGAAGAGGAAGAGAAAUCGUUGGUUAACGAUGAAGAUGACGACAUUAUCGGUUACUUGGAAGACGAAGAGCUAAACCCUUUGAUGUUCACAGCAUUUGGACACAAAUCAAAGGAUGUAUGUGUUGAGAAAGGAGAAGAUUUGAUCAUUGGAGCUUAUGAAUCGAAAUACAGUGGGAUUAUGGAGAUGGAGAAUGAAGAGAAGAAGAAAAAAGGGGAGAGGAGAAUCACACUGGCAGACUUGUUCUUGGCUGAUGCAAGAGAUGUGGCAAAAGCUCUUGAGGAUGAUAAAGUGCUUCAAAAGAAAACAGCUGAUGUGAGAAGUAAGAGUGGCCUCUCCUUUGCCAAGAAGCUUAUCCCUCGAGUUAAGGAGGAUUCACAUCCCAUUAAGAACUUUCAACGAUUGAUGAGAAGGAUGCUGAAGAAGAAGAUCCACCCAGAGAUUGAAGACAAGAUCAACAAAGCAUCACCUGACCUAACUCACCAAAUAGGAAUGCCCAACAAUGGAGGAUUUGAAACCUUUGAAUCUCUCUCUCUUCUUCCAACUCAAGAUGCAAUUGUCUGAUGGAUUUAAUUAAUAAGUGUCUUUUAAGUCGUCUCUGAUUGUUCAGAGUUGUGCUUAAUUAUCUCUUAUGGUAAUUGUUGAAAACAAUGUUGUUUAUUAUUAUUAUUAUUAUUAUUAUUUUUGUUCGUUAGGUGUUGUAUAUGAAUCUUUAAAUUAAGACUACUUGAUUAUCUGUUUUGUAAGUUGUUUUGGGAUUAGCAAACAGUCAUGGAAGUGUGGUUUGUCGGUCA